UUAGUUUCGUACUUUCGUCAUUUCAUACUUGGUACUUAGUGUUAUUACGCGGUUACGUGCGGGUGGUCGUGCGUGCUUUUACGGAUACCGCUGCGGUUACGCUACACCUACGGUUGUGACCAGUGUCAGUCUCGUGGAUAUCCGAACUUAGUAAAGUUGUUACCCGUUUCUAGACUAACCAACUGUUUCUCGACAGAGGUAAAGGCGUGUGACGAGCGUGACGUCUGAAAAAAAAACCCGUCGUGCAGAAAUCGUCUCCGCAAUGUACGAGAGUGUUGUACUCGUUAGUCGUUUUGUAAACACAAAGCCCGCCGAUCAAACUAUUAAUAUUAUUAUUUAUUAGGCAGACUAAUUUGUUUCGUUCGUAUCGUGGGUUCUACGAUUAUCUCUGUAUGUGAACAAUUUCGGCAGCCGCUCGCUGAAUAGUGCACACAUCGUCGAAUAGCAGAGGUUAUAUACCUACAACAUUGACAUGUUUAGGUCUGUCUAUUCGCAGCUGCCUAUAAUACGUAUAAAAUAAAACCUCGCGCACUAUUGCAGCACGCACACACAUACUUGUUGCGUGUCAGUUGCAUCACCAUCAUCAUAUUAUAUAGUUAGCCGGAAAAACACGUCGGCGGCGGCGACUGCCGGUGACUGCUACGACGUCGGCGGCUGACGAACGGACCAAUGGGAAAGUGGCUGGCGGUCGAUAAGAGGCGGGAACGGUGGCGGUACGCCAUUGGCGGGGCGCCGCGGACAACCGCCGGCGCCGCCGUUGGAACCGCCGCCGUGUGCCGCCGCGUGUGCUGCACACGCAUUUCGGACACCGUGACGCGCGGCCCACUGCAGCUGCUGAUCGGCCGUGCAUGCAUUUACUGUCUUCUCAGCGGCAACCCGUCCGCCCGUUUCGCCGGCACUCUUCACGCGCUGCACCGUCACCACAGAAUCUCACUGCCACCAGCCGGACGACUCAGCUGUUCACGGCCGGUGCAGGUCAUGAGCAACGGCAAGACCACCACGCCACCGGCCACUGCGGCCAAUGCGGCCGCCGCAGCAGCAGCGGCUGCAGCAGCCGCGGCCGCGAUGCUGCUGCACCAGCACCAGUCGCCGGCGCUGAACCAGCAUCACGCCGCGGCGGCCGCUGCCGCAGCCGCGGCCUAUCACCAGCACCAACAGCAGCAGCACCAACACUUGCAGCAGCACCUGCAGCACCGAGCUCAACACGAACAACAAAUGCACCAUCAUCACCAACAGCAGCAACAGCAACAGCAGCACCAACAGCAACAGCAGCAGCACCAGCAACAGCACGGCGGUACGGCCACGACUGUGGCGGCGGCCGUCCAGGAAGCUGCAGCAGUUGUCCAACAACAGCAGCAGCAGCAGCAGCACAUCAAGCGGCCCAUGAACGCGUUCAUGGUGUGGUCCAGGGGACAGCGGCGCAAGAUGGCCCAGGAAAACCCGAAGAUGCACAACUCCGAGAUCAGCAAGCGGCUGGGAGCCGAGUGGAAGCUCCUUACCGAACCCCAGAAACGGCCGUUCAUCGACGAAGCCAAACGGUUGAGGGCGCUACACAUGAAGGAGCAUCCGGACUACAAGUAUCGUCCACGGCGGAAGCCCAAGACAAUGGUGCAGAAGAAAACCGACACCAGUGCUGUGUCCGGCAAACCGGUGCCAUACUCGGUGCGCGACUUGUUGCCGCAACACGAAUCGUCGGCAGCUGGCUCCGGUAACGGGUCUGCCACGGUGUCGGGCGCCGGAUCGAUGGUGCAUAUGUCGACGGCCAGUGAACAUCAGUCGGCUGCCACCGCGGUGGCUGUGGCCAAAUUCCCGCGCGCCUACUUCUCGCCUUACCAACACCACCACUACCCGUCCUCGUUCUACCAGCAGGUGGCCAAGGACCUGUCGACGGUGGCCGGAAAUGGUGGCACUGGCACUGAAGCAGCCGCCGCGGGCAAAGCCGUCCACGACCUGGCACUGCACGCGCUCUACGGCAGCUCUCUGUACUCCCGGGCCGUGUCGCUGGCUACCGGGUGGCCGAUGAUGGCCGCGGCGAACGCGACGGCGGCCGGCUCCAACGGCGGCUGUCCUGUCAACUGCGCCGAGUGCGGUCAACACGCGGAACGUCCGUCCCAAUCGUCGCUGCAGCCGCUGCCACCGCCACCUCCCAGGCCGGCGCACGAGUCGUCCACGUCGUCGUCCACGCCGUCGCCACCCGCCCAGCUUCCGCCGCCACCGCUACUGUCAACUUCCGCCGCCGUCAUCAAGCGGCCCAUCGCUCUGCUUGUCAAGCCGGAUCGCGUCGGGCCGGGCGGACUACACGCGCAACAUGUCAUAUGAAAACCGCUGCCGGUUCUACCGGAACCGGCCGCCGGCACAGCCUGCACCGCUGCCGCCAUGUCGGCCGCCGUCCAGUGCGGUUGGCCGCAGUGUUCGUCGUCCUCGUCGUCAUCGCCACCACCGCCGCCGUCGACGACGACGUCUCCCCUGGCCACACCGCCGUGGUGGCUCCAACAGUUGCAGCAGCAGCUGAUGAUGUGCAGCGGCAACGGUGGGCACAGGAACACUACUGCAGCUGCUCGCGGAUCUCCCGGACCGCCGCCUGCCUCUUCGGCCACCGCCGCCCAAGACCAUCAACCGGACUAGAUGAGUGCCACGUGCAUCACUCUCUCCACCACUGCGGUAAGGUUAAAACUACAUAUUAUUUGUGAUGUAUAUGACGAAGAAGAAGAGAAAACGGCCAUCGAGGACUUCAUUUUUUGUUUUUUAUGUAAAUAAUAAUAAUUUUAUAAUAAUUUUUCAUUACGUAUUAAUCAGUUGGAAGAUAAUAAUGUAAACAAAAAAUUUGGAAAACCUGCAGUUGAUAUGAUAGUAAAAUAUGAUACGUGUUAUCGCAAUCCAGUGUAGUAGCCGGCACAUUUGUCACGGACAAGGCCGUAAAACAGCAUAAUUUCGUUAACGUUUGCAAUUUUUACCACGCAAUUUUUUUUUACUUUUAACUACUUUUUUCAGUUUAUAAUAUCGUUCAAUAAAAUUAGUAAUUUUAGUUAUUUUACCCACUAAUUUAUAGUUAGACCUUUUUAAUGACAUUUAUGACGUUUUUGACUAUUCACUCACUGAAACUAUUCCAGAUGUGAGAACUAUAGGUUUUAUACUGAUAGUGGUGAAAUAUUAAGAUUACAAAAAAUAUAAAAUGCAAUAAGUAUAAAAUAACCUAACCUAACCUAUAAAAUAAACAAAUAUGAGGCAUUGCAUAAAAAUAAAGUCCGAAUAAAAAAAUUAAUAAUUUACGUGUAUUUCGCCUAUAAUUUUAUCUCAAAUAUUUUCUAAAUUUAUUUAUUUGAUAAAUAUAUAUCAAAACAUAUUAUUUUAACUUUUCAGUUAAUCGCGAAUUUGACGGUUAAAAACAUGAGUGCUCUUUAUUACACGUUAUUCCAGAACUCGUAGGAUGCAUAAUAAUUUAUUACGACAAAGUAAUAGUCGUGUGAUAAUAUGCCAUAAUAUAUAACUCUAGCCGGUAAAUAGUAGAAUGGUAUAUAAUCGACACCAGAUACAUUUGUUGGAGAGAACUUAAAUAACAAAUUACCUAAAUAAAACCGGAACCUAAGGAAGUGGUAGUAAAAAAAUGUAUGCCUCCCACACCCCGGCUACUGCACAAGCUUUUGACACUGUGUAUCUGCCUAUUGUAUACAUCGUAUUAUAUUUUGACGUAUAAUAUUAUUUUAUUGAAAAUAAAAAAAUGAUCUUCCGUUGUUUUUUGUGCGCACAAUUUAUGAAUAUGCAUUUACGAUACCGAUAAGUCCUCUAUGUUUUAAUAUUAUAUUAUUAUUAUUUUACGUUAUAUAUAUAUUUCUUCACCUGUGUAUAAUAAAUAUUAAAUUAUUAUGUGUGUAUAACAUAUUAUUAUGUAUGUAUGUAUAAGUUAAACAUUUAAUUUCGGUAAUAUCAUGUUCUGUUUUUUUUUGUAGAAAUGGAAGUAUUCAAUAGUAUUUUCAAUGUAAAUUAAAAAGUUCUGGUUAUACCUAUAUAUUAUAAUGUACGGUUAUUUGUUAUUCUUAUUUUAUUUUCAAAAGCAAUAUUCUUUAAUUUGUAUAGUUUAUUAUUUACGAUUAAAAUGGCCGAUCGACAACGGUCGUACCUAUAUUAUAAUAUAUCCUUUAAUUUCAUUUUGUACCCAUUUAACAAUAUAAAAUCCAUUUAUAAUGCUCUUUGAUCAGAUAAACUUUAUAUAAGCAAAAGUCACCAAGAAGUCAUCAUUAAUCUGUCGGGUGACGAUAAGUUUGGAAAAAGCAACGGCACCAUCACGUUUACAAUUAUUGUUGUAUUCCGGUUAGGAGUGGUAUUAUUAUACACUCGAAGUAAGUUUCUGAUCUCGGCGAACGGUUAAUGUAUUUUUUUAAAUUACUAUUGUGUUCUGUUUAUUUUAUAUACGAGUAUAUAAUAAUAUAUAUAGGCCAAAAUAUUAUUUCAGCGGCAAACCGUAAGAUAAAAAGUCAAUUCAAUUUUCAUUAUUUCCGAGUUUAUUUGAGUGAAAAAAUUGUUUCAUUGUUCGAUCCACAAUGCUAUAACACACCUAUAUCUGCGCUGUAUAUUAAACGAAAACAAAUUAAACACAUUUCGUAGCGGUAGAAAUGAAGUAUAAAAAGUCCGGGAACGGGACAAAGGCUGUACGAAUAAGAAUGAAGACCGUUUCAAAAUAUGCAAAUUCUAUUACACGUAUAGGUAUUUUACGAUUUGCGUCAGUUAAGGGUCCCGGUGCUAGUUUUUCAAAUUUUCCACGAUUCUAUAAUAUUUGAAAAUUCAAUUUUAUAUUUUAGUUGCCUCCUCAAUUAUAACACUUUUCCACUAAUCUACCACCCGAUACCUAUUUAGGGAGAUUGAUAAAGUGUAUUAUAUCGAAAAAAAUGACUACGGGAAUAACUCUCAAGCUUUGUAAAAUAACGGAUUUUGAUGACAAUUUUUUUAUCUGAAAGAAGAAGACUUCCUAAAGCCUGCAUCGAUCUCUGAUUUUGUAUUUUAUUUAAAAUAAUUGUAUAAAAAAAUGCUUUUUAUCUUGUAUUUUUUUUAGACAUAUUAUAAAGUUUGAGAAUAAAAUAUUAAAAAACAGAGAUCGAUGCGGGCUGUAAAAUAUUCCCCUCUAGCAAUUAAAAAAAAAUUAUGAAAUUUGGUUGAUUUUUCAAGGCGGUAUCGUUAUUCCCGCAGAGUGUAUUUUUGAGGACAAAAUGGCAUCAGCACCGGGUGCCUUAAUUAAUAAGCGUAUUAUCACUAGUUUAAAAUGCCUCAAUAAUACUUAUCAUAAAGGUAUAUUAUAUUUUAUUAAACCUCGAUCAUCUGUCUGUUCAACAAUUUCACAAUGGUAUGCUUCUCCAAUUGAAAAUAAAACUUCAACUGUUUAUUAGCUGAUAACCGCAUGUAUGGUUAUAAUGCGUAUAGCGAACGACUGUAAUUCGGUUUCGUACCAAUAGAGUAGUUGGCACCUAAUGGCUAAUAUACUAUUAAACUACACUCGACGUUAUGGAUUUUUUGAAAUUGUAACAAAAUAUUAUCUAUUUGAAACGGCCACAAUAAAAAUCGGAGAUGUAAUAAACUUAACCAAUAAACGUAAGUUCAACCGAACGAGCUAGAUAUUAUCAGGACGAGUCUUGACGUUCGUGUCAAAUAUUACGGGCAUAUUACGCACUGUGUAUGCUCAAACUGCACUCCUUGCAUAAACCAAAAUGUUCGAAUUGCACUCGGGGUCAAAAAAGAUUAUGUUAAAAUUUCAUUCAAACCGAUCAUUCCAUAGAAUUUAUAAAUUUUAGUUGAAAAUUGCGUGAGUGUGUCGAUGGGUUUAGUAUUACAAUGACGUAUUACACGACAUAAUAUUAGUUUAGAAAUAUAUAAAUGAAUUGAUUAAGUAAAUGUAUAUUUUUAUACUAUCAUUUUGGGGUUGUAACUUAAUGUAGUAUUUAAAUUAUAGCUGUUUAUUUAAUUUUAGAUAUAAAAAAUGCAAAAUAUUAUUCUUCUGAUUGUCGACUGAUAUUCUGUACCUAUUCAUUAGUACCUAAAUAGAUGUUUUUUUGAACUGGUUUUGAACCUUUUUUCGAACCCGUGUGCAUUCGAACAUAACAUUUUUCUGUACCGAGUAUCCUUUACCCAUUCACCCGUUAAAAAUGCGAGGUUGGAAUUCUUUAAUAUGUUGGGAUUAGGCUAAAAUACAAUUAUUAAGCACGUGUAAAUGGAUUUUGACGAGAUGAAUGGCUACGGGUAAAAUGCCCUAAUGACUACCUACUUAUUGGAUCGAUCAGUAUUAUAAUAACUUAUUAUCAAUAAGUUAUAUCCAAACGAUGGUUUUGUGCAAUAUAGUUUUGUAAUUUACUUACCAUGUUUUCGAAAUGUAUUUAUUUUAAUUAAUCAUGUUUUGUAAUAAAUAAUCGUAUCUUUUUAUUUUAUACCCCCUUGAGAUGAAAAAAUUAUUAUUGUAUAAAUCGAUAUAAAUAUCGAGAACUAACUACCUAGGAAGUUAAUUAUUUAUUACCUGUUUUUUUUUACAAUUAAUGAAAAAAACCUUACCUUACCAGGUAUACAGUGGGCUGUUGUGCUGUUCUCAUAAUAUAAUACAUUUAUUGGUAUUUUUUAUUUAUUUAUUAUUAUUAUUAUAUUUUUUUUGUAAUUAUAGUGACCUAUAUGUAUCAGCAUGUUGACAUGUGCACUUAUAAAAUAAUUUAGUUGAAAUAAUAUAUACCUACAUA